UUCUGCCCACAUUUCUUCCCAUUUUAAACCACAAACUGUGGGUUUUUUUAGUAAAAAAAAUAAAUAAAUCUUUGUUCUUUCUGGACUGACUUUGAUGAUUGCUCUGUUGUGAGGCCUUUUUAAUUUCAUCCAUCCAACAAUUCUAUCACGGACAACAAAACGUUUCUAGUCUUACCCAAACACGGGUACAAAACGUUUCUGGACUCAUCCAAUACUCAGUCCUCAAAGGAAGGGCGGUGGAAACGUUUCCCUCGUUUUAUUUAUUUUUUCUCCAGAGGAUUACAUUUCUUAAAUCGAAGCCACUUUUGGUGACCAUGGCUGCUCUUUCAGUGUGGUUUUGGAACGAGAGGUUUUGGCUCCCACAUAAUGUGACUUGGGCGGAUCUUGCAGACCCAGCGCCCGGGGUGGAGUAUCCAAAAGCCGGGCACUUACUCUCUGCCUUACCGUUGGCUGUGGGGAUCUUUGCUGUCAGAAUACUAUUUGAGAGGUUCAUAGCCAGACCAUGUGCCUUCCUCUUGCAUAUCCACGCUGCCUCAGUCCACUGGCGAGCCACACCCAACCCUGUCCUGGAGAAGGUGUUUACAUCCAUCACAAAGUGCCCAGACUCGCGACACCUGGAUGGGUUAUCUAAGCAGCUGGACUGGGAUGUGAGGAAGAUCCAGAGAUGGUUCAGACACAGACGCAACCAGGACAAACCCAGCAUACUCACCAAGUUCUGUGAGAGCAUGUGGAGGCUUAUAUUUUAUCUGUUCAUGUUUACCUAUGGGAUCUGCUUUCUGUGGAAGUGCCCAUGGAUGUGGGAUACACACCACUGCUGGUACAACUACCCCUACCAGGUCCUGACUCCAGGCCUGUACCACUACUACGUGACUGAGCUGGGCUUCUACUGGUCUCUCAUGUUCUCUCAGUUUACUGACAUCAAACGCAAGGACUUCCCCAUCAUGUUCAUUCAUCACCUAGCAACAGUGAGCCUGAUCAGUUUUUCCUACGCUAACAACAUGCUACGUGUCGGGAGCCUGGUGAUGUGUGUCCACGACGCAUCAGACUUCCUACUGGAGGCAGCCAAACUGACCAACUACGCCAAGUACCAGCGCCUGUGUGACUUCCUGUUCGUUCUGUUUGCAGUAGUCUUCUUCAUCACAAGGCUUGUCCUCUACCCUCUAUGGAUCCUGAACACAACAUUGUUUGAGAGCUGGGAGAUGAUUGGUCCAUACCCUUCCUGGUGGCUCUUCAACUCCCUACUGCUGGUGCUGCAGGUGCUACACGUCAUCUGGUCCUACCUCAUAGCCGGGAUCGCCUACAAGGCCUUGGUCCGAGGAAAGGUUUCUAAGGAUGACCGCAGUGAUGUUGAGAGCAGCUCCGAGGAGGAGGUGGACACCAACGGUACCAAUAACAAGGGGGUUAAAAUGGCGUUCUCUCCUAAAGUAGAGAACGGUACCAACGGUCACGCCGUCGCCACUAUAACCUGGCCACAACAGAUACGUAGCAGCAGCAGCAGCAGCAGUUGGUGACACAAGAAAGGAGGAGUCCGCUGUCAGAUUCACAGUAUAGGGCUGACCACUGAGUCCAAUAUGUCUCGCCUGGUUACACUGGGCAGCCACUAGUUGUCGGAACUGUACUGGAAAGGACCAUGUCAAAAAGAAAGGAAAAUAUCUGCGCCAACACAGUACUAUUCAGGUCAGCCCUAUAGUGAGAAUCAGGCAUAUCUGAGCCAACACAGUACUAUUCAGGUCGGCCCUAUAGUGAGAAUCAGGCAUAUCUGAGCCAACACAGUACUAUUCAGGUCAGCCCUAUAGUGAGAAUCAGGCAUAUCUGAGCCAACACAGUACUAUUCAGGUCGGCCCUAUAGUGAGAAUCAGGCAUAUCUGAGCCAACACAGUACUAUUCAGGUCAGCCCUAUAGUGAGAAUCAGGCAUAUCUGAGCCAACACAGUACUAUUCAGGUCAGCCCUAUAGUGAGAAUCAGGCAUAUCUGAGCCAACACAGUACUAUUCAGGUCGGCCCUAUAGUGAGAAUCAGGCAUAUCUGAGCCAACACAGUACUAUUCAGGUCAGCCCUAUAGUGAGAAUCAGGCACAUCUGAGCCAACACAGUACUAUUCAGGUCAGCCCUAUAGUGAGAAUCAGGCACAUCUGAGCCAACACAGUACUAUUCAGGUCAGCCCUAUAGUGAGAAUCAGGCACAUCUGAGCCAACACAGUACUAUUCAGGUCAGCCCUAUAGUGAGAAUCAGGCAUAUCUGAGCCAACACAGUACUAUUCAGGUCAGCCCUAUAGUGAGAAUCAGGCAUAUCUGAGCCAACACAGUACUAUUCAGGUCGGCCCUAUAGUGAGAAUCAGGCAUAUCUGAGCCAACACAGUACUAUUGACUAUGACAACAGACGAUGAAUGAAUAGACAGACACCACCGUGACUCAUAGAAUCAAAACGGAUUACAUUUAACUGAUUAAAAACACUUGUUUAAUUCCCUUGUGUCAAGUCUAUGGGUCUGACUCUAUUUUCAUUGCAUUGUGUCCAUAGAAUGGGGUCUGACUGUAUUUUCAUUCCAUUGUGUCCAUAGAAUGGGGUCUGGCUGUAUUUUCAUUCCAUUGUGUCCAUAGAAUGGGGUAUGACUGUAUUUUUAUUCAAUUGUCCAUAGAAUGGGGUCUGACUGUAUUUUCAUUCCAUUGUCCAUAGAAUGGGGUCUGACUGUUUAAAUUUUUAUUCCACUUUUUAAUGUAAUGCAGCAGUUUGUUGGGGAGGAUGUUCUCUCCCUGUUUUGUCAGUUGAACUAAAGUUAUUACUGUAUAUAUUUUUUUUAAAUAAAUAAACAAAUAAAUGUUUGUGAAA